AGAGUGAAUAAGCAUCCUCCUCUUAGCCAGGAAGGCAAGGACGAGCCAAGAUGCAAUUCGAAUCGCCAGGCCGGCUGGAACAGCGGAUCGCGGCCAACAUGGCCGACGAGUCGGAUGAUCUGUCGCUCGGUGUCGCUCGAAGAGCGCCCUCUAUGGGCUCGCUGUCGUCCGUGACGGAUGAAGCCUCUUUCUCUCGCGGCGACGACGGCGACGAGAGCACGCAAUACUACGAUGAUGUCGGGCAAAGGAGCAAUCCGAACACGGAUACGAUCAGGUCUGGAGGCUCCAACACUGCCGUGCUACGACCAGCAAAUCGGAUGGUCAACGUCAUUCCAUCGGGUCAGAAUCUGGAUGUGUCUCGGGCCAGUAGUAGCAAGGCGAGCGCAAGCGGUCAGAUGAUCAAUUCCAAUGCCACCUCCAGAGAUCAGCCAUCGAAGAGCGUAUCCAUCAGCGGUAGUGCUUCUGACGAUGAUACCUCUCGAGACAAUGACGAGAGCAGUGCGCUAGAGCCACAGUCGCUUCGGCAAAGAGGCGCCGACGAAUCAGCUGGCGAAGCAGAGAGCAGCGCCGUGGUCUCGUCGCCCUCGUCCGAGAAGCUGGCGAGGCGGACAAGAUCUACCACACCAUCUUCUGCACGAGGGAGCCCAGCAAUGACCACGAUGACGCCGCGAGCAAAGCCGGCGGACCAGGAGAGGAUGAAAGCGUACUUGCUCAACAGCGUCAAAAACAUCAACCCGCUACGUGAGCAGCAGCUUCGCCACAUGACGCCCAAGCGGAAUCUCUUUGGCACACCAGCACACACACCGGGAGACGCAUCGUCAAUUGGCGACAGCUCUCCUGCGGCCGGGGCCGGACAGUCCGAUCGUCUUGGCAGAGUCAACGCGAUGCAAGCCGGCCGGACGCCGCUCCCCAGCUACCUGCACCGUCCCUCUCCUCUCAGCGCAGUUUCCAACGCUGCCACCCCGAGACCUGGCGGGACCGAUACUGACAGCCAGAUAUCCGACACAUCUUCGACAAGAGAUCUUACCGUGCCUGCUCGCAUGCGACCCAAUACCUCGUUUCCUGGUGUGGGUAUUCAAGACGGCGCCCACAACAACGGUGGCGCCCGUGUGGACAGCGCCAGGCUCCAAGGCUACCUUCACAAGAUCAACAUUCAGCUUGAGGAGGAAAACGUUGUUCUUAAAGAGGAAGUGGAGACGCUGCGACGACAGUUCAACAAAGCACUCAAAGAUAACGAACGGCUCAGAAGCGAAGCAGAGCCUGGCGAAGACGAUGGUCAAAGUGGGUCAACGAGCUCUUCGAAAUACGCCCGGGCGAGAAUCGAGGAGCUGGAGCAUGGCCAGAACGAGCUAAAUGACCUCCUCGACGAGCGAGAAGACGAGCUGGCGCAGGCACAGGACAAGAUUGAGGAGCUCGAGACCAAGCUUUCCAGGGGCGGACAGGGAGAGGCUGGCAGCAACGGCACAAUCGUCGAAGAGCUGCGCGAUCGGAUUGCCGAGCUAGAGGAAGAGCAGCAGCAUGGCGAUCGCGAAAAGUCGCACGCCGGAGGCUUCGAAGAGCGACUGCGCGAAGCCAUGAGGGAGGCCGACGACAUGGCUCGCGAAGCCGAAGAGGUACUGAUCAAGGAGCGUGACAACAUUGCCAAGGAGCUCGACGAGGUCAGGGCCCAGCUUCAGGCUGCCGAAGCACGUCACAACCGAGCAAGCAGAAGGGAAGCUGAGACCAACACGAGCACCGACGAAGAAGUCGGCUUGGAGCGCAUUGAGAGGCUUGAGCGUCGCUUGGCUGAGAGCGAGUUUCAGCGCGAAGAGGCCAUUGACCGCGAAGCCAAGCUUGAUGAGCUGUGCAAAGAAAUGGAAGACAAGAUCGUGGAGCUGGAGCAGGAGCUCGGGGAUCAGCACGACUUGAUCGAACAGGUCAAGGAACUUGACGAGGAGAACAUCCGCCUGGACGAGGCCAUCCUGAAGGCUCACGAAGAACUCGAUGACGCAAAGAGCCGGUUGAGUGAUAUGGGUAUCGCCGUGGACGAAAAGGAAAACGAGAUCCAGCGCCUUACGAUGCAGCUCCGUCAGACGCAGCCGAACAAGGACGGCAAAACCGGAUCAGAACCAUCGAGAGCUGAAUUUGCCGCGCUCAAGGACAAGCUACUGAAGCUCGAAGCGGAGUUGGCGGAAGCCAACAAGCCACUCUUGGGCUCCGAACAGCCAACGCCGGUCCAUCGAUCGAUUGCGGCGCUCAAGAUGUCCACCCUCCGCACACCCAAGUCUCCAGGCGAGCUGAGCAAUGCUUCUUGGCUCUACAACGAAUCCUCGCUUGGCGAUCGCGGUGUUGUCGAGCACAUUCACGAGCUGGAAAAGAAGCUCGAUGAUGCCAAUGCUUCCAUUGACGAAAAGCUCCAAGAGCUCGACCGACAGGGCAUGAGCCACAUGACGUUGGCUCGUAAGCUCGCCGACGCCCACCUUCGCAACGAGGCACUCGAGAAGGAGCUCGCGAGCCUACAGGGACGAGGAAGUCAUCUGGAAGCGAUCAAACACAGACUCGCUCGCCUCCAGUGCCCUGACUGCCGCUCGCGCUUCGAUGGAAGGGAGCAGGUGCGCGUGGACUCGAAUGCGUCGGCAGCUGCCCCUGGCGCCGAUGAGUCGUCUCUGUCAUCCGUGGGUAACCGCUCUGCGUUGCGAUCCUCAACAGCGAGCCGAGCCGAAGCGCUGCAGGCCGUGUCAGCCCAGCUCGAAGAGCUGAAGCGGAGAUGGGCGGUGGACAUGGCCAAGUUGACGCAAGACCGCGAAGUCCUACAAUUCGAGCGGAAAGAGUUCACCGCCGAGCGAAGUGCGCUGCAGGGCGAGAAUCGGCGGCUGCGGGAGAAGGCCAUCGAGGCCGACGUAGCGAGGCGGGAGGCGGCGCGAAAGGUGCAGGAGGCGACGCAAAGGGAGCUGCAGAGAGCUAAAGAAGCAAUCGUCAGCUUCGAGGCGGAGCUCAGAGGGGACAGAAACAGGCUACAGGCCCUGUUGAGGCAAAGCGCCUCCUCGGCAGACGUCAGCACAGAGGUCGAAAUCGAGCUAGGACGGACAGAGGCGAGGCUGAGAGAGGUGGACCGGGAGCUCAAGAGCAAAGUCGAGAUGCAUGAGCGUCUGCAGGAGGAGCUGCUGGAGAAGAGCCAGGUGGGACAGGAGCUGCCCUGGCAGGUCUACAUGCUCGAAGCCCAGGUUCGUCAACUUUCCAACGACGUGGGCGCCCUCCGCAAAGAGCGCUCAGCAAUUCUGGAUCAGCGGCAAAGGCUCCACGCGAAAUACCGAAGCGAGCAUGAUCGCAUGGAGAAUGCCUAUGCGGAACUGUCCUUGGCCAGGGAAGCUAUGCUAGCCCAUCAGGUGCAGCUCGACGAGCAAAUUGAAACGAUUGAGGGCCUCCACGCUGCGCUAAUGUCCAGAAAUCGAGAGCUGGAGAGCGCUGUGGACGACCGGGACAGGCUCAAAGAGCAGCGCAGGGAGAUUCUCGACGACGUUGGAUUGCUCGAGAGCGAUCUGAAGCGAGUGCGAGAAGAAAGCGAGCGCUUUGGCAUUGAUUUGCAACGGCUACGGGAGGAAAAGAGCAGGAUGAAGGAGGAGCAAAGGAAGAUCGAUGAAGAAAGGGCCAAGGUGGAGAAGGACGAUGCGGCAAAGCGGCACGAGCGACAAAGGCAGAUUGAAAUGGAGCAACGGCGCAUCGAGGAUCAGAUCAAGAUCUCCCAGCUGACGGAGAAGCUCGAGGAGGUGCGACGACGGGCGGCACAAGACGAUACGAGGCUUCAUGAGGAGCAUCGAAGACAGUGCCAGGGUCUGCUGCUCCAGAUCCGGUACCUGAAGGCCAAGCUCGGGAGAGAGAGCGACCUGAGGCAGGACGUCGUCCACCAAAAGAGCUACCUGCUCCAGCUCGUUGGUGGGCUUGAGCUGGGUGAAGAGGCCACGAACCGCUUCGUGGCCGACCUUCAGCGGUCCAGGCGCCGCCAUCAACAUGGCGUUGCGGAGGAGAACGCGCCCAGAUCCAAAGGACAGGAAGCCAGAAGAAGAUGGGCAAAGGUCCAGACGGUCGUCUUGGCCGUCUGCAGGGCCAGGCUCAUGGCGAAGAAUUGGGCCCAGACGCGGCGCGUUGGAGCGGCCCUCAAAGAGGCGCAUUGGGCCGCAAAGAAGGAGAGUGGCUACCGGCAACUGCAGCAUAAGCAGCAGCAACAGCAGCAAAGUUGAUUCGAUCUUUGUCUUUAUGUCUUAUUCUGCACCGAUACCGACAUUUACGUUCCAAUUCAUUCAUUCAUUCAC